UGCGACAUUACGUCCCUGCUUUACGUCAGUUUGACGGAGCCGGGCGGGUAAUUUGUAAACAGCUAACAGGCUAACAGGCUAACAGCUCGCGCUGCUCCUCAUUAAAGUUUUUAAUUAGCUUUUUUUUCAAAGUCUCCUCUGUUAAUUAAGUCUGGGACUGUUUCAGCUCUUUAACAACGUUUGAGUGAGCCGUCAGCCUCAGCUGAGCUAACAUGCUAACCCGGCGCAGAGGCAGCAGCAGCGGGGCCGCCUGCAGGAGCAGGACCGGCGGCUGCAUGUGAGAGCCGGACAGGUAUGCUGGUUCACCUGCUCAGGAGGUUUCCAUCGGGACUAGCGGCCCAGCGGAGGUUCUUCUGUUCGGACACACAGCAACAAGCAGCAGACAUGAUCCGGAACCGGGCCAACAUCAAGCGGGUCCUCUGUGUGGCCGAGAAGAACGACGCAGCCAAAGGCAUCGCGGAGAUCAUGUCCGGCGGCAGGUCCAGGAGGAGGGAAGGGAUGUCAAAGUUUAAUAAAAUCUACGAGUUUGAAUACAACCUCUUUGGUCAGAAUGUGACGGUAACAAUGACGUCAGUGUCGGGUCAUUUACUGGGUCUGGAGUUUAAAGCACCGUUUCAGAAAUGGCACAGUUGCAAUCCCGUGCUGUUAUUUGAUGCAGAGGUUGAGAAGUACUGUCCAGAUAACAUGGUACAAAUCAAGCGGACUCUAGAGAAAGAGGCCAGGCAGUGCCAGGCCUUAGUCAUCUGGACUGAUUGUGACAGAGAGGGAGAAAACAUUGGCUUUGAAAUCAUAGAUGUAUGCAAAGCAGUGAAGUCCAGUUUACAAGUCUUCCGAGCAAAGUUUUCUGAGAUCACUCCCAACUCCAUCCGGAGAGCUUGUGAGACUCUAACGGAGCCAGAUGUUAACAUCAGCGAUGCUGUCGAUGUCCGCCAGGAGCUGGACCUGCGGAUAGGCGCAUCCUUCACUCGAUUCCAGACGCUUCGGCUGCAGAAGAUCUUUCCAGAGUCUUUAGCCAAUCAGCUGAUCUCAUACGGCAGCUGUCAGUUUCCCACCCUGGGCUUUGUGGUGGAGCGCUUCAAAGCCAUCCAGGCUUUCAUACCUGAGACUUUCUACAAGAUUAAAGUGCUGCAUGAGGUGGAGGAGGACACCGUGGAGUUCAGCUGGAAAAGAAACCGUCUGUUCAACCACACAGCUUGCCUGGUGCUCUACCAGAUCUGCAUGGAGGAUCCCAUAGCAACAAUCACCUCAGUAACCAGCAAACCCAAGAGCAAGUGGAGACCGCUGCCUUUGGACACCGUGGAACUGGAGAAACUGGCAUCUCGUAAGCUCAGAAUAAAUGCCAAAGAGACCAUGAAAAUCGCAGAAAAACUCUAUACCCAAGGGUAUAUCAGCUACCCACGUACAGAGACGAACAUUUUCCCACCAAACCUGGCCCUAGGCCCUCUGGUGGAGCAGCAGACGCAGAGUCCGAAUUGGGGGGCGUUCGCCCAGCGGGUGCUCGAACAGCCUGGGGGUCCAAACCCGAGGCAGGGCAAGAAAUCUGACCAAGCCCACCCCCCGAUCCACCCCACCAAGUACAGCAACUCACUGCAGGGUAAUGAAGGACGUUUGUAUGAGUUCAUUGUCCGACACUUCUUGGCUUGUGUAUCCCAAGAUGCUUUGGGGCAGGAGACGACAGUGGAUAUAGACAUCGCCCGGGAGACGUUCUCCACCUCUGGGCUCAUGGUCAUUGCGAGGAACUACCUGGACGUUUACCCGUAUGACAAGUGGAACACAAAGCUGAUUCCAGUGUACGAGCAAGGCUCGCAGUUCCAGCCCUCCGCUAUCGAGAUGAUGGACGGACAGACGAGUCCUCCGCAGCUGCUCACUGAAGCGGACCUCAUAUCACUGAUGGAGAAGCACGGCAUCGGCACUGAUGCAACCCACGCUGACCACAUCGAGACUAUAAAGAGUCGCAUGUAUGUGGGACUGACAGCCGACCAGAGGUUUCUCCCUGGAGAGCUCGGCAUGGGACUGGUGGAGGGUUACAACUCCAUGGGCUACGAAAUGUCCAAACCAAACCUGCGUGCUGAACUGGAGGCUGACCUCAAGUUGGUAUCAGAGGGCGCGAAGGACAAACGUAGCGCGCUGCAGCACCACAUCCAAAAAUACAAAGCCGUCUUCAUCGAGUCUGUCAGGAAGGCAAAGAAGCUAGAUGAAGCUCUGUCACCAUAUCUGGGUGCAGCUCAGCAGAUCACUGAAGUAGAGCAGCAGGACAUGGAGAUCCCGCUGCCGGUCAGGAAGUGUCCUCACUGUGGGCGGGACAUGGUGCUGAAGAAGAAGAGGGAGGGAAACAGUAAGUUCCUGUCCUGCGUGGGCUACCCAGCCUGUAAGACAGCAGUGUGGUUCCCCGACACGGUGCUGGAGGUCAGCAGAGACGACGAGAUUUGUCCCACCUGUCAGCCGUACCCUGUUCACAUGUUGAAGUUCAAGUUCCGCAGGGGCAGCCUCCCUCCCAUGAUGCCUUUAGAGUUUGCUGGUUGCAUCGGUGGAUGUGAUGAGACGCUCAGAGAGGUGCUGGACCUGAAAUACCUCAGAGCAGGGGGUGGAGGUGGAGGAGGAGGAGGUGGUGGUGGUGGUGGAGGUGGAGGAGGAGGAGAUGACCCUCGUCCACCAGCUCCAAGACCCCCGAGAGCCCAGGGUUCAAAUCCUCGACCUUCUCUUCCUCCUGUCCCCUUCUGGUCAUCGCAGCCACCACCUCCACCGGGUGGCGCCGGUGUCGGUGCCAACAGUGAUGUAAUUGUGUGUAACUGCGGUCAGGACGCGCUCCUCCUGACCGUGCGCAAGGACGGCCCCAACCAAGGCCGCCAGUUCUACAAAUGCAACAGCGGGAACUGCAACUUCUUCCUGUGGGCGGACCAGCCGAGUCAGCAGGGGGCGUCGCAGAGUCUAGGACCUCCAAUGCAACCAUCGCAUAGCUCCCAGCCUCCCAGGCCGUCUCUAGGGUUCAGGAACAACCCCGGAGGUGGCAGAGGGCAAGAAGAAGGAGGAGGUGCAGGAGGACAAGCGGGGCAGAUCAUGUGUAACUGUAACGAGAUGGCGGUGAUGCGUACGGUGCAGAAGGACGGUCCAAACAAGGGCCGGGUGUUCCACACCUGUGGGAAACCGAGAGACCAGCAGUGUGGCUUCUUCCAGUGGGCGGAUGAGAACUCACCUCCACCAGAUGGUUUUGGUGGUGGAUUGAACGGCGGUGGAGACCACAGAGGGAGGAAGGGAAGGAGGACAACGGGAGCCGCCUCCGCUGUCAGACCUCCAGCUGCUAAGAAGCCUCGUACCUGCGGCAUCUGCCACAUGCCCGGACACACCCGAGUCACCUGUCCACAGCGGUGACGGCUUCAUUAAAGACGCUAUGUGGAGUUAUCGAAGUCUGUGACUUCAAAAUGUGGAGCCAGAUUUGAGUUUUUUAAAUAUGUAACAGCUCAACAAACAACAAAGAUUGUGAGUACGUCGUCACAGAGUUGGACAAGACUCGCUGUCCUUCCUGUAACGAGAAAGCUGUCGUAGCUGCACAGCAUUUCGGGAACUCUGAUGUAAAGAAAACAGGGAUGUUAAAGACAUUUAGUGUCUUGAAACUAGACCUUUUCUUUUUGUUUUCAUCCAGCAUCUUUCAGGAUGAAUCACUCUUUUCUGGCCUCUGGGAGGAAAGUUCAGAGUUUAAUAUCUGUUCGGCCCGAGCCAGUUUCCAUCCUUACGGGAAUUCAGCAUUUUAGAAAAUAUGCUUCUCCGCUCUCUUGCCAAGACUUAUUGAGAAGAUUUAUACUACAGUCGUACGGUAAAUGUGAAGCCACAGCCAAGCUGUUAGCUUAUCUUAGCAUAAAUACUGGACUCAGAGGCCUGGCUCUCUCCAAAGCUCACUAAUUAUUUUUAUCUUGUUUUGUUUUGCCGGACUAUUAAGUUUAUAAGCAUAUUUCCUAAAAUGUCAAGUGCUGUGAGUACAAGAGGAGCUCAUUGAGAAAUAACUGAAGUAACCUCAGUGCUCUGCAGGAUAUCAGAAAUUUACUCAGCUGAUCUUGGAUCAGAUUUAACCCGAC